AUGUCGCCCAAGUUACCAGUGCCGCCGCUACAGGAGAUCACUCUGUCGUUAGUGGCGAGACAGUUGAUCCACGCCCUGUCUCGUGUUUCAUCUGAAGAAGAUUCCGCGUUGGAGUUCGCUAUGGUCUCCUCGUACUACGAGAGCAUGGGCGCCACCAACGACAUAUUCCAGGAUCUCAUUAACUUAAUACUAAGCUCGGAGUAUUUAGAACCCUCCGUUAGAUACUACACAAUGAAACUACUGCUCAAAGAAAACGUCAAAAGUUUAGCGACUGGAAUCUUUCCUCUCCCCUAUUAUAGGAAGGUCCUUGAGCUCAUUAUGGAGCAAGGCCACCACUUGACUGCUCUCAAUUUGAAAGGAGUGUGGGUUAAGGACGACCACUUGCCAAUAAUGUAUCAGUUGUUGAAAAAUCUUCCUAAUUUAACAUGUUUAAAUAUUCCGUACAUUGCUAACGACGAAGUGCUCAAAUAUAUCGGCAAGUACAAUAAGGUGUUGAAGUUGUUGGACAUUUCUGGUGAAACCGACAUCACAGAGAUCGGUAUAGACGCCAUGUUGACGGGGAACCCGCAACUAACUCAAAGUCUGACUGUGGUAAACAUAGGAAUGUACGGCGAGGAGAACAUUGAUCACACAGACGUCGCUUUAUUAAUACGGCGGCUGCCAAACCUCACUAAUCUUGGCAGUUACUCGUUUGUUGGUAAAUCUGUUUACUCGAUAUACAGGACGGACCCGGAUUUCAAAACAAAGCUCCAGUACAUGCAUGACGUGCAGACUAACAUGCGCACGAUGAAGGCGAUUAUUGCGCUGUGUCCGAUGAUAGAGACCAUUUACCUGGAGGAGCCGGACCAAGGUGUACUGCAGCAGAUCAAAGAGUUGAACAAUGUUACUAAGAUUAAGCUGAAUAAAUUCCAGUGUCACGAACUUCACCAGUUGCUUGAUAAGGUUGGUCACAAGAUAGAAACGUUGAUGCUAUCUGCAUCUACAGGGUCGUUCAACUUUACCAGGGUGGCAGAAACAUGUAGGAAUCUGGAAAGUUUAGAGUUCUAUCAAAUACAAACGGCGACACAUGAAGAAGAGAUACCGUUCAACAAUUUGCAACACAUUGAAAUAAUUCACGGGAACCUGUCGACAUCGUGUCUCAAGUACCUGAUGACUGGUAGUCCUAAGCUAAAGAAAUUGAUUAUCGGCGACGAAAUCAAGUUGGAUGACAAUGAUAUGUCGCGAAUGCUUCGCCGAAACAAAUUCGAGCAUUUGGAAGGCAUUUGGUUCCCCAAUGCGCCGCGGUUGACGAGAGACACAGUCGACCUCUUGAUUGAGUGCUGCCCCAAGCUUACGAGCCUCGGUCAGCUGAGCGGAUGGCAGUUCACUCCUGAUGACAUGAUGCUGAUGAGAGCAAUCACCGCAAGCACCAACACUGAUAUUGUAUUAUCACCCCUGGGGAUAUUCCAACAAGGACGUUAA